AUGUCGCGGAAACACUUCUUCCCUAAUCCGGAAGGCGUAGUCCUCCACAACCUCCGCUCGUUAUGCACACGCAACUCACACAUGGCGCUCGAUGAAGCCAAUCGAGUCGUUUACAACCUCUCACACCCUCCGAACCAGGUCACCAUCGUGUCUGGUGGCGGUUCAGGUCACGAACCAGCGUGGUCUGGCUUUGUCGGCGAUGGCAUGCUGUCAGCAGCCGUAUGCGGUGAUAUCUUCGCUUCUCCCAGCACCAAACAGAUCAUGGCUGGGAUAAGAAAUGUGCCAAGUAACGAGGGUGUUAUACUGUGUAUAACGAACUACACAGGAGAUAUGCUACAUUUCGGUCUUGCUCGAGAGAAGGGCCAAGCACUCGGAUACAAAGUCGAUGUUGUAUGCAUGGCGGAAGAUGCUGCUUUAGGUCGCGAAAAGAGCGGCAAGGUUGGAAGGAGAGGUCUAGCGGGUAAUCUGCUGGUUAUCAAGCUCGCUGGUGCCGCGUCACAGAAAGGCUGGGCCUUCGAACGGUGUAGGAAAAUUGGCGAGUUGGGUAACUCGCAAUUGGUUACUAUUGGUACGAGUCUUGAUCAUUGCCAUGUACCCGGUCGAGACGCAUUCGAGAGUGUGUCCGACGAUGCUUGCGUAGUUGGCAUGGGUAUUCAUAACGAGCCUGGUCUACGAACUAUCUCCCCGAUGCCUAGUCCCGAGGAUGUCAUCAAGGAGAUGCUCCGUUAUCUCCUCGACCCCUCCGACUCCGACCGCGCAUUUGUCACAUUCAACCCCAACGACAACGUCGUCAUGCUCGUCAAUAACUUCGGCGGCCUCUCAAACCUUGAAUUCGAUGCCAUGGUAAAUCUCGCCCUGAUAGCCCUGAAGCGCGACUGGAAGAUCGUACCAACACGCAUCUACGCCGGCGUGUUGGAAACUUCGCUCAACGGCCAAGGUUUCAGCAUAACACUAGGUAACAUGAGCGGCAUGGCAAAAGCUAUGGAUCUCAAAGACGAAGAAGUCAUGGAGUUACUAGAUGCGCCCACAAAUGCCCCCGCAUGGCCAAAGAACGGUUACCAACCCCUCAACAUUAAUAAAGAAACAGAAGAACUACGCAACAAAGCCAACGCCGCCGCGGCCGAUAAAUCCGCACUUCACAAGGGCCCAGCCACACCGACAUCCCUCAUCCCCGCGUUACGCACAGCAUGCAAAGAAGCGCUACAGGCCGAACCAACAAUCACACAAUACGACCUGCAGAUGGGCGACGGUGACUGCGGCGAAGCCGUAGCUGGAGUCUGCAAGUCCAUCCUCGCCAACAUCGACGCCGUAGAAAGCAAUCCCCCACCCAUCCUCGCCCUGCUCGAAAGUAUAGGCGAGAACGUCGAAGACGUCGGUGGCUCCCUCGGCGCCAUCCUCUCCAUCCUCGUCACCGCCUUCACAAACGCUUUAUCCAAAGCGACGUUAUCUCAAAACGCACCGCUGGAUAUCUCAACACUAGCUUCCUCCGCAUCUGCCGCUCUCGAGAACCUCAAAAAUUACACUAGUGCGCGGGAGGGCGAUAGAACGGUCAUGGAUGUCUUGAUUCCAUUUAUCAACACGUUGGCUGAGAGUAAGGAUCUCGGACAAAGUGUGGAUGUUGCGGAGAAGAAGGCGGAUAGUACAAAGGAUAUGAAGGCCAAGUUCGGACGUGCGACGUAUAUCAGUGAGGAUGGGAGUGAGAGGAGUAAGAUUCCUGAUCCGGGGGCGUAUGCUGCAGGUGUCUGGCUGAGAGGAUUGGAGAGAGGUUUUGGUGGGUCGUAG